GGCGGCGGCGGGAGGUUGGCUGAGGCGCUGCGCCAAGGUGAAGCGGGCUGCCUGAGGGGAGAAGGAAGGGGUUUGGGGCCUUCUCUGGUACCGAGGCAUCCGUUCCCGGACGUGGGGGCAUCUCGUCUCGCCUCUGAGCUCACGCUACGGGUUAAGGCUGCCGCGGUGGCCCCCGCGUGUGCGUUAUGCGUCUGUUCGGUGCCGUCUGAGGGACAGAGGAGCCGCGUUCGCCGCGGGUCUGCGGGGGCCAAGGAAUGGCUGGAGCUGGCGCGAUGCAGAGGCUGCUCCACUGGUUCACGUGCGGCUCAGGAGGGGCUGAAAAGAAGUAUGCCAACAUACUUGGCUCCUUGGAGGGCGUCUCCAUGUGUCUUUAGAUCCUCCAAAUCAGAACUCGUGCCAAAUGUAGCCAGUGAUGGAGUCAUCUGUGCUCCGCUUCAGACAUUCACCGAAGAGGAGACAAUGCUGAAAAAUAUGGUGACAAAAUUUGCUCAGGAACGAGUUGCACCUUUGGUGCAAAAAAUGGAUGAAAACUCGAAAAUGGAAGACUCUGUCAUACAGGGACUGUUUGAACAAGGGCUGAUGAGUAUUGAGCUUGGGGAAGAAUAUGGAGGAACUGGUGCUUCAUUUUUUUCAAUCAUAUUGGUGGUAGAAGAACUGGCCAAAGUCGAUCCAGCUGUAGCUCUUUUAUGUGAACUCCAAAAUACACUAACAAAUAAACUGUUUACCACAUAUGGAACAGAAGAACAAAAAAGAACUUACUUGCCCAGAGUUGCCAAAGAUACAAUAGGCAGUUUCUGUCUUUCGGAGGCUGGAUCUGGCAGCGAUGCUUUUUCUUUGAAGACUCGGGCUGAAAAGAAAGGAGACUACUAUAUUAUCAAUGGCUCCAAGAUGUGGAUUAGCUUAGCAGAACACGCAGGAGUUUUCUUUGUGAUGGCAAAUACGGAUCCAUCCUUAGGAUACAGGGGAAUCACAUGCUUCAUAGUAGAUCGUGACACAGAGGGACUACAUGUAGGGAAGAAGGAGGACAAGCUUGGAAUCAGAGCCUCUUCCACCUGCCCAGUAACAUUUGAAAAUGUUAAGGUUCCUGAGGCCAAUAUCCUGGGACAGGUUGGACAAGGCUAUAAGUAUGCAAUUGGAAUGCUAAAUACAGGCAGAAUAGGAAUUGCUGCACAGAUGUUGGGGCUGGCACAGGGGUGUUUUGACCAUACAAUUCCCUAUACAAAGGAGAGAGUCCAGUUUGGGAAGAGUGUAUUCGAUUUUCAGGGGAUGCAACAUCAGAUAGCUCAGGUGGCCACGCAGCUGGAGGCAGCAAGGCUGCUGACCUACAACGCAGCCCGUCUUGCAGAGACAGGACAGCCCUUCAUAAAGGAGGCCAGCAUGGCCAAAUAUUACGCUGCUGAGGUUGCAACACUGACAACUAGUAAAUGUAUUGAAUGGAUGGGUGGUGUUGGAUUCACCAAAAAUUAUCCAAUAGAAAAGUACUAUCGUGACUGCAAGAUAGGUACAAUAUAUGAAGGAACUUCAAAUAUCCAGCUGAGCACCAUUGCAAAAAGCUUAGCACAGCAGUACUAAAUCUGUCAGGACUUCUUGACUGAACAUUUGUUGUGAAUUACGCGUUUUUAAUCAUGAGAGCGGUAACCAAGAGUACGUCAUCACAGGUGAAAUCGUAAGGAAAGCCAUGAGUUCAGGACAGUGAGUGUGUAAUUCAUGUAAAAUGCUGGGUUCCAUGUUCAAAUCCAAAUUGGGGGUUAAAAGUAUAGCUUUCUGCCUAAGAGACUUCUAAGCUAAUACACUUGUUGCCUUGGAUUAUGCAAAUGGUGUACCUCCACUUGGAGAUUUCAAUGUGAAAACAAAAGAAGCCAAAUCCUUGGUGUGGAAGGUUCUGUUAAGCCACUUGAGAGAAAGGACUCUACGUGUGCAGCAGAACUGUUGUGUGGCAUGUAGCUGCUGUGUGAUGCCCUGUAUUAGCAUGGGGUACAGGAUGUGGAAAGAGAUGGAAGUGAUGGCUUCCUCUCACCUAGGUGGAGCGACGUCUGUAGAGCUGCUGUAAUUGGAGUAAUUUUUAUAGUAGCCCUUGGUGUUCUUAAGUAUAUCUUGGUAAUUAAGCCCUUCUUCUAGCCCCAAUUUGUAGUACUGAAAGGUGGAUAAUAUCUACCUCCCUUCUCAGCUGUUAAGGGUUUUAACCUAAGAUGCUAUUUAUAGUUCUUUCAUAAGAGCUUGAGUUGAAAUCUUUGUGAAAUGGGGUUAAAAAAAAAGAUAGAUAUAAGCUAGGUAAUAGGAAUGCUGUGAUGCUACCUCACAGUGGCCUUUCCUUGUUCAGUGCAUUUUACAAACCUGAGUCCUCAGAGCCUGCUCGUGAGUUAGGGAGGGACCGGUAAUUUGCAGGCUAGAAAACUCACUUAUGGAAGUUAGUGGUUCCCUAGAAGUUUUUCUCCUUUUGAGAGAGAGAGGAAGAGACAGUGGGACAUUGACAAGUAUUUGCUUUUUUUAUCCCUCUCUGUUUACUUAAAAAUUAGACAUUUUAUUUACAGCAGAAGCCUCUUCAGUGCUGGAGAACUAAUUAAGAAUCAAGAGAGGGAAACCUUAAUAUAUGAGAAAUCAUUACAACUGCUAUAAUUGGCAAUUUGUUUCAAGUGGGUUUGGGAGGGAAGGAUUAGUUUUCUGCUUUUGGUUUAGAAGAACCUAAUUUUUAAAGCUUGUUAGUCUCUGAUGAUUCACCUUGAGUGGAGCUUAUAAUGUUACACGCUGAGGCUCCCAAAGGACUUUCUAGCGAAACUGGGGUAAAUGGCACAAGUGUGGUUUUGUGAAGCAAGCAGACAGCACAGUACCUUACACAAAGAAACAAACAAGGAGGGAAAGCACUAUUUAGAAGUUUUCUGACUUUCUGAGAGCUUCAAAGGGAAGUAACUACUUUAGUGAAUCAGCCCCCCUCCACGUUUUCCCUGUUGAUAGGUGAAAAAUUAAUGUGGUGAUUACCAGUAUGCCAAUAAAAAAGCCCCUCCCAUAUCAGUUUGAUCAACAGCUUUGGGGUUUGAGUAGGAGGAGUAGACUGCAUGAUUUUUGAAGUUUUCUUCUAGCAUUAUGAUCAUCAUUAUCAUCAUCAUCAUUACUAAUGAGUUUCAGGCUGUUUGCAAGCUCUCAGCUGAAUUGAAAUGUCUGGGGAGAUUGUUAGACUAGAAUUACGACUACAGAUGCUGCAACAGUUAACUACAGUUAUUCUGCUUAACAUAUUCCAUCUGGGGGUCUAAUAUGAUCAUAACCAUACUGCAGAAUACUUGAGUUAACAUUGAUUAAUGUAAUGAGUUGUGCUAAUGUGAGGCAGUCCUUAGCUGCAGCAGUUUAGCCUGCUUUGCUAACACGAGUGUCAGAAGACAUCAGGCUUUGAUUCCAGCUUUUUAAUAGUUCUCUUAGUUUGAGAUCCUAUCUUAGCUUGGCUUCUGCAGUUUUGUGUGAGGCUAGGAAGUGAGCAGCAAUACUUUACUGACUUAAUGUAGUGCUAAAAGCAAACUCUUUGUGGAAGAAAGUGCAAAGCUCUUUGCAGGACUGUUAAGGGCUGAAUAUUCAAGGUUAUGCAAAAGCUGUGUCAGGCAUCCCGUUGAAAAAUUAGGGGAAAAAAUCAAAAUAAUAUGAUUUCCUGCAGUCUGAACUGAGAUGCCUUAGUUCAGUAAACAACCUGAACAGCCUCAUCAGCCGCUCAGCAGUUCUCAGAAAAGCGAGGUCAAGCCUUUAACUGAUGUUACAGCUGCAAAUAUUUCACGUCUCUCAUUUCUAUAUGGUGUAUUCUGUAUGUGGUAACUGUUGAAAGAAAUGUACGUAUUGUAUCUGAUUUUUUGUCUACAAAAUUCUGUGGAGGAAUAUGCACACAAAGGAAUUACAACCACUGAGGUUCUUUCAUCAUCGUUUCAAAAGGACACGUACCCCUGUGGAGAGCAUUGGCCAGCACAAGUUGCUGAUUCUGAGCAGAGUUGGCUGGUGUCAUCCUCUUCAGUCGGAUCCCAUUGCUGCACCAAAGGCAGAUGUUGGUUUAGUGAUGGCCAGGAGCUGUUGAGAGCUGUCCAUGUCCCCCAUCCUGUGUUCAGUUUGGGACGGGCAUUGUGGGUUGUCAUUUCCAUGCUUGGCACUGUGGGCACAGGACUGCUGGUGGCGGUUUGUUGCACUGACAGGCUGGGAAUGUUCUGAGGCUUUCCAUGCUUAUGACAGGGCUCAAAGUUGCUUCAUACCCAAUAUGUAUUUAUAUUAGUGAGGUUUCCCUUUGUGUGCCUGUGCUGAGCCCAGUCAGUCUUGUCUGUUGCCCUGGGACAGCAUCUUCAGUAUCAAAUGUUGCAUCUGGGCUUCCCUGGUUAGAAGAAAAGACCUGUAUCAAGAAUGUAUUAAAAAGUGCCUGAAUUUGCUGUUUGACUUGAUACAAUGCUGAUUUGUAUAUCAGAUGAUGGUUCUCCAAUAAUGUGCCAUUUAUUUUUUUCCCAGAUCUUGCAGUUUUUGUACUGGAAGAGCACAGCUGUAUCCUCUGUCAGCUUGCUUUAGUUUUAUUCUGGUGUGUGAUAAGGGUCUGAGGCUGAUUUCCACAGACAGGUUUAAUCACUACUUGGGAAAUACUCAAAUACAACAUUUUAUAAGGUA